AAGCUCCUCCUCCCGUUGAAACAGCAGAAAUGUGGAAUAUGUGGCGUUUCAGCCUCAGUGCAGUUAACAGUGUACGUCUGGAGCCGCCGAGGAACCGUCUGGAUUCAGGGUACACGCAGAGCAGAAGCUAGACUACUCUAACACCCGGAGCCAGGACUACUUUUUACUCGAAAGACGCACAAUGCCAAACUGGGGAGGAGGCAACAAGUGCUCGGCGUGCCAUGGAACAGUUUACCAUGCUGAGGAGGUGCAGUGUGACGGGAAGAGUUUCCACAAAUGCUGUUUUCUCUGCAUGGUCUGCAGGAAGGGUUUAGACAGCACCACUGUGGCCAUUCACGACCAGGAGAUCUACUGCAAGUCAUGCUACGGGAAGAAAUACGGGCCUAAAGGCUACGGCUACGGACAGGGAGCGGGAACGCUCAACAUGGACCGAGGCGAGCGACUGGGAAUCAAACCGGAGCAGACCCAGACUCACAGACCUACAACCAACCCCAACCCGUCCAAAUUUGCCCAGAAAUUUGGCGGGUCAGACAAGUGCGCGCGAUGCGGAGACUCUGUCUAUGCGGCUGAGAAAAUCAUGGGGGCCGGCAAGCCGUGGCACAAGAACUGUUUCCGCUGUGCAAAAUGUGGUAAAAGCUUGGAGUCAACCACUCAGACUGAGAAAGAUGGAGAAAUUUACUGCAAAGCUUGUUACGCCAAGAACUUCGGGCCCAAAGGGUUCGGUUACGGCCAAGGAGCCGGUGCUCUGGUCCAUGCUUAGUGAUGACCGAUCUCCAUCUUGAAUAUUUCUGACUGCUUAGUGUCCUGAAGUCGUGCUGAAAAAUGUGCUGUUAUAAAUAAACACAUAAAGCAAA